AUGGCGUCUUACGGACCGGUCUGCUUCACCAAGAUCCUUGGGGUGAACGAUGAGGAUAGCAUCCCUCCCAAGGAGAGUGUUGCCAAGGCGGUCGAGGAAAACCCACGAAAUGGGUCGCUCACCUUGCCGCCCGCACCCACUGCUCCCGGUGGCCCCUUGGGACUUGCAAUGAUGACGCGCAAGUUUUGGUUGCCUGGUCGAGAACUCAAGAUUGGGUUCCAGGGAGGGUCGACGUGGCAGAAGGAACAAGUCAAGAGGUUUGCUCCAGAGUGGACCCAGUACGCCAAUAUACGGUUCACAUUCGUCGAUUCUGGAGAUGUGGACAUCCUGAUAGCGUUCAAUCCUGGUUCGGGGUCUUGGUCAUAUUUAGGGACAGACUGUUCGUGGUUCAGCUCUCAGAACCGACCGUCGAUGAACCUGGGAUGGAUCAACGACAGCACUUCGGAUGAUGAGCUCCGCUCUGUCAUACUUCACGAGUUUGGCCAUGCUCUUGGUGCAGUCCAUGAGCACGAAAGCCCGUAUGCCAAUAUCCCAUGGAACAAAGAACAGGUCUACAAAGACCUUGGUGGGCCGCCAAACAACUGGGACAAGAACAAGGUGGACCAAAACAUGUUUACCUUGUACACGCUCCAGGACACCCAGGCUACCGACUUUGACCCUGACAGCAUCAUGCUGUACUACUUUCCCGCCAGCUGGACCACGAACGGCAAGGGAACCAAGUACAACACCGCUCUGUCGAGCUUUGACAAGGCGUAUGCCAAGUUCUGUUAUCCCAAGGGCGACUUCGACGCUGGUCAAUUCAACACUAUGGAAGUUCGCCCGUGGGACAAGCCGCAGCUGGACAACGAUAAGGUCAUAUACUACCAGAAGAAGUAUGACACUGUCCCAGAGCUUCCUCUCGGUAUCACGUCCCUCGACAUCGGCCAAGCCGCCAACAUUCGCAUCAGGGCCCUGACCAGUGAGGCAAACACGGAGAAGUUCAAGGCUUCUCUCCAGAGCUGGGCGGACACCACUCUCUUUUCUGCCUCUAUGACCUAUCUGGAGAAGAGCUCGACGUUCAGCUACAUUCAGACCGGCGUCUACAACACGGAGCAGACGCGGCCAUGGAACCAGCCCCAGUUGACCCAGUCAAAGCGCAUCAACUUUGCGACGCCAUUUUCCUCUCCUCCCAAGGUUAUCACCUGGCUGCAGUCCUUGGACAUGGACAAGAGCAAGAACUGGCGCAUCAGGGUGUAUCCCAGCGAUAUUGAUAACAGGGGCUUCACUAUCCACGCUGACUCCUGGGCCGACUCGAUUCUAUACAGUGCCGGCGUGACUUGGCUGGCGUAUCCUACAGACCAGCCUGGAGUCACUAGCGGCACAUUCAAUACCCAGGAUGUGCGACCGUGGGAUAGGCCACAGGCUGAGAACUCUGGGGUCUUCAACUUCCCUACUGCGUUCUCGAAGCCGCCCAAGGUGAUCAUGGCUUUGAAUACUCUGGACUAUGAUCACACCCGGAACUUGCGAUUGAGACUGAGCACAUCUUCGGUGACAAACACGGCCAUCACCUGGCACCUUCAGAGCUGGUGGGACUCGGUCAUGUAUAGCUCGGGUGCCUCCUUCUUCGCUUGGACCUGA